UAUUUCUGACUUUUGGACAGAUCAACAACACAUAGGGUUAUUAUGGACUGUCGGGAUGGAUGCAGCUACUCUCACGUACGACACACUUGGCUUUGGAGAGUUUGAAGAUUUUCCAGAGACCUCAGAGCCUGUGUGGAUCUUGGGGAAAGAAUUCAAUGCACUCACAGAAAAGGAUGACAUUCUUUCAGAUGUCACGUCACGAUUAUGGUUCACCUACAGAAAAAACUUCCCACCCAUUGGAGGGACAGGGCCUACGUCCGACACAGGCUGGGGCUGCAUGCUGCGAUGUGGACAGAUGAUCCUAGGCGAGGCCCUGGUCUGCAGGCAUUUAGGCCGAGACUGGAGAUGGGUGAGAGGCCAGCCUCAGAGAGGAGAGUACAUCAGUAUCCUCAACGCCUUCCUUGACAAGAAAGACAGCUACUAUUCUUUACAUCAAAUUGCCCAGAUGGGAGUCGGGGAGGGGAAGUCAAUAGGCCAGUGGUACGGACCGAACACAGUGGCACAGGUACUGAAGAAACUAACUGUGUUUGACUCGUGGAGUCGUCUGGCGGUACAUGUUGCUAUGGACAACACCGUGGUGAUGGAGGAGAUCAAGCGGUUGUGUAUGCCCUGGCUGGACUAUGGUGGAGCAGCGUGUGCAGAGCCCGCGGGGUGGAUGCCGAAGCAUAACGGCUGCCUGGAAGGGGCCUGCGCCCUGGCUGAGGAGGAGACGGCUCUCUGGAAGCCCCUGCUCCUCCUCAUUCCUCUCAGGCUGGGCCUGAGCGACAUCAACAAGGCCUACAUCGAGACCCUGAAGCAAUGCUUCCAGCUUCCCCAGUCCCUGGGUGUCAUCGGAGGGAAACCCAACAGUGCCCAUUACUUCAUAGGCUAUGUUGGAGAGGAGUUGAUCUACCUGGACCCCCACACCACCCAGUCUGCAGUAGAGCCCUGUGAGGACGGUCAGGUCCCUGACGACACUUACCACUGUCAGCACCCGCCGUGCCGCAUGCACAUCUGUGAAAUAGACCCCUCCGUCGCAGCGGGUUUCUUCUGCAGAACGGAGGACGACUUCGAUGACUGGUGUAUGCGUAUCCGAAAGUUGUCCCACACUAGAGGAAGCCUGCCCAUGUUUGAGCUGGUAGACUGUCAACCAUCUCACUUCGCCUGCUCUGUAGACGUGCUCAACCUCACUCCGGAUGAGGCUGGGAUUCAGUCAGAGGUGCGUUGUGGACGAGCGCAUUGCACUACCAACAAAGCGCCUUUUAAAGGCAAUUUCCCUGACGUUCGCGGAGAUCGCGUUCACGAUUUCUCAGACCGGUUGGAGCGAUUCUUUGAUUCUGAGGAUGAAGAGUUUGAGAUCUUGUCCCUGUGAUGAACAGGAGGAAUACAGUUACUAUCUGUCCUGGCAGAAACCCCCGACGAUUCUUCUCUGUAUCAGAAGGGAAGCCAUAGGGGACAGGAGAUGACUGGUGACAUCACUAGCCAGUCUGGCACCGAUGGUGUAGUGAUGUGUCAAACAGUUGUCUUCUGGUCAGGUGCUCUCCGUGUCCAAUGAGGAGACUCCUUGCUGCGAGGUGGUACCAGGUAGUGCUCUCCGUGUCCAAUGAGGAGACUCCUUGCUGCGAGGUGUUACCAGGUAGCAGGAGCUCUCAGGAAACAUUCAGUGCUACGUGCAUCUUCAUAUUGUUUUCUCCAUUUUUAAGUCUUAACACGUUAAAUAUUUCCUUUAAGUCAGGGGUGUCAAACUCAUUCCACGGAGGGCUGAGUGUCUGCAGGUUUUUUGUUUUUUUCCCCCCGCAUUAAAUUAAGACCUAGACAAGUAGAUGAAUGAAGUUCCCUACUAAUUAGUGACCUUAAUUCAUCAAUCAAUUACAAGGGUGAAGCAACAAAAAAAACAGACACUCGGGCGUCUGUGGAAUGAGUUUGACACGUGUGCUUUAAGUGAUAUGGUGCCUUUCUCCCCGCCCCCCCACCCCUAAACUGAAUUACCAUAAUACACAACGGUGUCUUUAGGAACUUGGUUUACUCUGUACACUUGGCUUAUGUCACUACCUGUAUUGACUGAUGUCAAUUGUAAACCAAAAUGUGGUUGAGUGAAAUUUGCAGACAAAGUUAGAUUUGCUUGUAUUAUAAUUUGUUUAUUGAGAGUACCAUUAUGUCUAAAAUCUCUGUACUGAACACUGGCUCAUUUUAAAGAUGAUUUAUUUUCUUCUAACGACACAUAAAGAAAGAUGAAUGGACAUGUCAAUGAAAAUACAAUUUAAAAAGUUAAA